UAGGAACACUGCUGGCAAAAAACAAUAGCGUAUUCGACGCUUCCUUCAUGUUCACAUCAAUGUUCCAGUUGACGUUUUAGAUGGUCUGCAAAGCGUUCGUGUAGCUCGCGGGUAUUUCGAGUCGAGUUUUAAAAUUUUUUACUGGUGAAUUUGUUUAUCGUUUUAUCAGUUCGAUCGAUCAAUUUGAAUUUUCAACGUAGUUCGUGAAAUAGCGUGAAUCGUGCAUGUGCCAUGUGAUGAAUUGCACUAUUGCUGAUUGUACCUGUUGUGCACUUGUAUUACGAGUACAUACAUGCAUAGGUGCUCUUAGUAUCUAAUUCGGAGCUUUAACUUGAAAUUGCAGUGUUUUAGUGAGUUCUUAUACUUCGUUCGAUCGAGUGCUGCAUUUCUGUGUUAAAUCAUCAUUUCCACAUCUCAAUUUGGUCCAAUAAGCGAACAUUUUAAAAAUAUGGCGGCAGUGGUGGUGGAGGUCGCCGAUGCUGACGGGCACUCGCUUCACUCUUCAAUAUCUUGCUAAAAUUAGUUGCACAGCCAACGACUGACACCAAGUCACUAGUGUGCGAUGAAAAAAAAACACGAAGUUGUCGACACACUGGAUGGUUAGCUCCAUUACCAUGAUGAUGAAAACGGAAUCGUUCAAUUGGCAAAGACCGGCCAAGAUAUGCAACGGUGUCGAAGAUUUCGGUUUGCUGCGAGAGAAACUCACCAAUGUGGAUUCGGAUACCAAACGACGCAGUUUCUCGUCGAUUUUUGUUUCGCGGACAGUUUUCAUUGUCGGUGUGAUUGCAAUUAUUACUUUCAUUAUGUGCUUAGUGUUGGCGGAUAAGUAUCAGAAAUCCAUCAACUUGACCCAUCAUUACGCUAGCUUCGUGUAUGAGAAGAGUCGCGACUACUCUGUACAAAAUAGCGAAGACGGCGAUACCGGCAGGGAUGAAAACAGCCCUGUUGGACAGGGCAUAUUCAACGCGGCCGGAUUCAUGAAACUGCAAAAUAUAUCAAAUAGGUUACCGAUAGAGGAGAUUAACUUAUUAGUACCGGCUACGACAGUUCUACGGUCGUUGAACGUGUCCAGAACUGGACGACAAUACUCAGGGGUGUCCGGCGAUAAUUUGAAAAAAAUGCCGCAAGCUAUUGUCGUUUCGUCAGCUAGAAAUAUCUCUCAGCAAUCCACACCAACGAAUACGACCACCGGAGCUAAAAAAACCCACCGUAUUCAAAGUUUGGCCGACUUACUUCGACGAACGGAAUUGAAAGCAGUACCUACUCAAUCGUCUACCGGCACUGCCACCGAUACCACUAGUGGUGUGCCAAAUAAUAGACCAACAUGGAGCACCAGCCCCAGCACGACGAAUAAACCGACCACGACAACCAACCCUAGUACUAGCAGCAUCAGUACCACAACGGUUCCCAGUAGUACUCAACAAACAUCCAUACAUUUCGCUCAAUUGGAAUCGUAUCCGCAUAGAAUGCAGCCUCACAAUAAUAACUUGCAACAUUUAAUCGAAUACAUCAAUUGCGAAUCGUCUUCUGAAGACUGUUGGUUGAAACGACAGCAACAGCGACACCACAAUGUCGAUGGUGAUGCGAUCACGAUUACUGUAGAUGAUCAGCAUCACCAAAUACGUGCAGAAGAGCCCAAGCCAACCACGUUUGUGGCCACUCAGCAGCUGGAUCGAGAUCAAGGUGAUCGCGAUCGCGAAUAUGAAUUUUCCGAGCAACUCGAUUCCGAAGUCGAUGGCCAGAGAGAUGAAAAUGGUUACGCAAAUUCUGACCACCAAGAAGACGAUACGAAACGACGUAUGCAGACGACUGAACAGCAUCAGCACCCAAACGAUGGUUCACCUUUUCCGACAACGGAAAACGAUGACAGCAAGCUCUACGGAUACAGAUACGAAUACAGGAACGGAAAUGACGGCGAUGGCACUGGCACUGGCACUGGCACCGGCAGCGACAACGAUAAAGGCGACAGUGACGAUGCAAUGUUCACAGCUGAUACUCAGAUGGCACCCUCGUACUACUCGCCGGCAAUGGCACCUGCGGCGCCAUACUUCGCAUUACACCGUAAUCGUGUCGACUCGGAUCUAUUUCGUAACUUUAGAGCUUCUAGUCCUGUAGAAAUUAAUCGACUUCAACUUCACGACCAAACAGAAAGCGCCACCAGCACCGGUACAGGCACUGGCACUGGUACUGGUACUGAUACUGCAGCUGAACAAAGUCUGCAGCAUCGUUUCAGCAAUCGUAUGUACCAUAGUCGUGGCGGUGAUAUGGAUAUGUAUACUUUGGAUUUGGAUCCGUAUCUAAAGCCGCCAACGCCACCGCCGCCGACCACGUUGAGCUUUACGCCUUCUUAUUCGACUCUCGGUUUUCACGCUUUUAACGAUCCGCUGGCGAUGGCUUCGGCACCAUUGCCGUCAGCUUUUAGCGAUAAUGAUUUGCGGUCUGAGGCGACGGCUGUUCAACCGCUCACUUCUCAAGUCAAACCCAUCAGUCUGAUGGUAGAGAUUUUUCCAGCCAACGAGUACGAGUUGCCUGGUUCUGUAUUAGGAGGUGGAGGCGGUGCCAGCAACAGCAACGAUAAUCGUGCUACCCCUUUCACGGCUCAACAACGCGACCAAACUCAAUCGAAUCAAGCCAAUAUUGCAUCCCUCAUGUCGUGGAAAUUAGCGCCAUUUUCGCAAAACAAGAUGAGACUGUUAGUCAAUCUUUUCCCGCAACAUCGGCCUCCUGUAACUGGCAAACAUUCACCACUCUCCGAUGCCAUGUAGCACCCUACAGGUUCCAGAUUCACUACGUAUAAACCUGCGUAUGGUGGUGUUUGAGGUGCCUAAAAUACUCGAUUUCAAUGCGAGUGAUGGGUGGAAAGGUCUCUCAUAACGUUGCUCAGGCGCUAAUUUAUUAGUUGCCGACAGGAGUCAAACCGUUGGAGCCAAUUCUUUCUCAGUGCAUUUUAUUUUAUUUUUUCCUUCGAUGUUUCCCGUUUUAUUAUUGUUGUAUACAUUAUCGACGAUAAAAUACGAGUACACGUUUCUUUACAGUUUGAUAA